GCUGAUUGCCAUUUCGGCAAUAUUCACGUUUCAUUACUUGUACGUUAUUUUCGUAAUUUUAUUCCUUAAACGCUCAGUGGGCCUAAACUCAGUUGGCCUGUUCACCCUUCGAGAUUUAUCAGAGAGAUCUCAAUUCUGUAAAAACAAUCAGUUACCUCUAAGUCAUAAUUUUUACUAAUUGUUUAAAAAACGAUUUGUCAUAAAAAACGUUAAAAUAUUUUCCGAUGUACGCGCCGUAAGUAAAGAUCGUAGUAACAAAAAGAUUGUAAACGCGAGGAGUCGAUGCUUCGUUGGGUCCAGCGUGUUCGACGCGAUUAAGUAGUCGAGCUCAAGCAUUACGACGAACGGUGCGGCCCGUCAUCCAGUUAGCCGAGUUACCCGCUGCCACGGGAGUCCGUGGAUCUUCUCUCGCGUAGCCGGAGGCAUGCAGAGAUUCUACCCGCCUGCAUCUGACACGAGGGGCCAGCUGUACUGCGUCAAUGUCCAGUCGUCGAAGGCGUUGAUCCUGGAGAGAUACACGAGCAUAGAUAUCCGGGAAAGCAUGCUCGCCGCACGCCAGUACGACUGCUUCGCGGAGGGGCGCACGUACGAGAGGAAAACAAGAUUUUUCAAUCGUGCAACCCAGGAGAGCUCCCUGGAGCUUUACCAACAAUUCUUGCCCACCACAAUGAAUCAAUUAAAAUCCCCCCGCAACAGAAUAGACUGUAACCGUCAUCCCAUGCAACUCACAAAUAAGUCUCGGAAGCAAGAUGAUCAACACUUUACGCCAAAGAAGUAUACCAUCGCUAAGAAGGUCCGGUCGUUUCCGGACUCCAGUCCGGAUCGCUUCCCGAAGCAGUUUUCUCCCGGAAAUAUGUCGCAGCAGCAUUCCAACACGUUGACUCGUUCGAUCCUCAGUCGUGCAGAUUCCUUGAACGAAUAUCCGAGGCUGUACAGUCAAAAUUCAAUGCUGGCCAGUUCGCUAAGCUGUUCGAGCGAGAGUCGAUCGAGCUCCUCGGAUGACAAUCUAGCGAACCAUUCGCCAAUUCACCAGCUGGACACCAGCUCACCGGACCACUUCGAGUAUUUUCGAGUGUUUGAAAAUGCUAGCGUGACUGACAUGCCCGGCCCGAGCUUCUCGGGCGCCAGCUAUCGAAGCGAGAGUUGCCAGGCUGGCUACGAGACGUUCGAAGAUCUCAAUAUGAAUCUUCUGAAGAUCGAUUUGCUGGACGACAUCUCGCCCAGGCGACAAUCACCCGUACGCGAGGAACGUGGCGCUAAGAGGGAUGUGCUCAACGAAUCAUUUAUAAUGUUGAUGACGAAGGAGCUGGAAAAAGACGAGAGCGAUAUAACUGUACCAUCGCGGGAGCAGCGAACUCGUAGCCCGAGUAGCCAGAGGGACUCGUCCGAUUUGCCGCUGAUACCGUCGAUUUCGGAGGAGUUGGAGGUAGCGAGUGAAAUAAAGAAGGAAAAUUAUUCGGGGCAGCAGUCACCUGCGGGCGAACAGUGGACUCACGGCCUAAAUGUGGAGGAGGACGCGUCCAGCGCGAUCUCGGCCAAGGAGGAGGCGGCGAAGGAGACGGAGGAGGACCAAUCGUUCGAUUCGCUGAGGGCCAUGAUGUCGCCGUAUCAAUGCAACGAUCAUCCGUGCACUCAAUUUCUUUAUUGUCAAACCUGCUGCAAAACCAUCUGCAAGGAAUGCGCCACUCAUUGCAUUUAUAAACACGUGACGGUGGAUUUUAUGGAGUUCCUCGAGAACGCUCAGCGCCAGGCUGAAGAUGUGCUGAUCGAGGCCUACCUCGGGAUCGACGUUCUCGCGGAUGAUAUGGAAAAUAUGGGGUUGGACAUUGCAGCGUUGGAUCAGAGGACCAGAGAGGCGCUGUCCGAUGUGAAGUUCUUUUCACGUAGAAUGUGGUCCGCGGUGGAAGAGAGAGAAAAGAAAUUGUUUAAACAAAUUGUGGAAACGCGCCGAUGGAAGUUCGAGGUUCUUCAUGAGAAGUACAUGAAUCUAAAAGAGGACAAGAUACGACUGUCGCAGGCCGUCAACGCUCUCAAAGGCGCCAUUCAUGACGCGCGAUCGUCCCCAGUGUGCAGUCCUGACGAUCUUCUGCAGAGAAAAGAUAUGGUGUUGGCCGAGAUCUGGCAAAUUCGUCAGAGCCGGAAGACAAAGGCCCGGUCUGCUCGAGACGAGAAUUGGAUCUCCUUCAGAAGUUCCGACAGCAACGUGCUGUCCGUGAUCGCCAAUGGGGGAAACGUCCUGGUGAACGGCCCGGGCACGAUCGGGGACCGUCUACCGAAUCGCGAUUACAAAUCGUCGCAAUCGUACUUCCCGUACGGAAUGAGCGACCAGAUGAUACAACCGAUCCCACGUGGUCGUCCGAUAACGGACUACGAUCGCAAUAUCUGCCUCCCUAACCGGAAGCACGAGUUGCAGGUCAAGAGCACGGACGUCAUAAUCCUCGGCUACUUUGGCGAGAACAAUCCUGACAAUCUUUGCCGCCCGUGGGGAUUGAUUUGCGACAAUGAGGGUAACAUCAUUAUCAGCGAUCGGUCCAACAAUCGUAUACAGAUCUAUCGCGAGGACGGCACACUGAUUAGGAAAUUCGGGAGCUAUGGCAAUGGCCCUUGUCAAUUUAAUCGUCCAGCUGGAAUCGCUGUCGAUGCUAGACGCCGCCUUAUCGUGGUCGACAAGGAUAAUCAUCGCGUUCAGAUUCUGACAAUGGAGGGCGAGUUUCUGAGGUCCUUCGGCGAGCACGGCGAAAAACAGGGCCAAUUCUGUUACCCGUGGGACGUGGCGGUGAACUCGGCCUGCGAGAUCGCCGUUACAGAUACGAGGAACCACCGCGUUCAGUUGUUCAGCCCCGAGGGUAUCCCCCUGCGCAUGUUUGGCGGCCAACCGCAUCUGCUGAGGUACCUGGACUCGCCGCGCGGUAUCUGCUUCAACAACGAGGGCAAGCUGAUUGUCACGGACUUCAACAAUCAUCACGUAUUGAUAAUUGAGUAUAACAUGGUGGAGAUGCGCAUACUUAAAUGCGAGAAGGAGACGAAAGGCAAGAGGCAGGACGGGGAGACCGGCGACGGGCAGAACGAGGAGAACACCCCCACGUUUCAGAGACCCCAGGGCGUUAUAGCGGCCGACGACGGCAGUAUUCUCGUCGCGGACUCCCGUCACAAUUCAAUCAAAGCGUUCAACUCGGUCGGCUCGUUGAUCUACUCGUACAAGCCCGGCCAGGAGGAGAUGGACCGUCCGUUGGGCAUAGCUCUUCACUGGGACGGUAGAAUGGUGUUCACGGAUUACGGCCGUAAUUACGUGCGCCUGGUAAAGCUGGAGCACCACAUGGACCCGGUGCCAAGGAACGCUAUCAUGUUUGGUUGACGCCUCAGGAUCGCCGAUGCGUUGUCCUGAUGAUUUAAUGGAAACUUUCGACGAGGUUUCCGCUUGCGUCAAACGUGAACAGUACGCCGGCUGCCGUGGGAAAAGUUAUCGCAAUUCUUACACUUGCAACGCGUGGCAAGAUUUUUGAGCCACCAGUAAAUUGCGCUAGGAGGUAUGAUUUUUUGCGAAGAGAAACGAGAGGGGAAAGUCUCACCUAUUAAUUGGUGAAAAUAAUCGACAAUGUGCGAAAGAUGAAAGUUAAUGUUUUUGCGCGCGCGAUGCCGCCUUGUACGUGUUUUCGAUUUCACAUACACACAUACAUUACACACAUUACGAUCGAUUCUGAAAUAGACGUUCAUAUAUGAAAGCUUAUUUCGCUUUCAGAUUUUUUUCACUCCGUGUAAUUAGUGAAAAAAAAAAGGACACAUUGUUGCGAGAUCACUUUUCAAACGCUCAAUUUUACUCUUGAAAAAGAGUUGUAAUUUACCAUUUUAGUACAUCUACAAUGUUGGUCGAAAUAACGUGCGACUUUUAUCUUCGAUUAAUAAUUUUUGUUCUCGUUGUUAUUUAUCUGUUAUAUUUAAAUUGUACUAUAAGAAUUUUUACAAUUUUAUUGUGUAACGCAUUGUACCUCCUGGUUGGAUGGACACACGAAAUGCUCAUGUAGCUCAGACAUUUUUAGAUCUUUAUUCUCCAUCACGAAUGAAGCAGUAAGAUAUUGCAGCGGAGAAAGAAAACUACGCUAUAUGUUUUGAGUGACCAAACACUCGAUCGACAAUGCAUCGUUAAGGAAAAGAGUAACGAAGGGAAUUGAUCGAGUUAUCGAUAAAUCCAGAUAUAAUCAGCGAUCAUGUUUUAUUAAUGCAUCUUAUUUAUUGUAUGUAUUAUAUGUAUAGAAGAUUCGAUUAUCAGUCGAAUUUACGGUAGAUGCAUUUUUCUGUCUUAUUAGUUUUACAAAAUUAAAUCAUGAAUUUAAUUAACUCCAAUUUAGUUGCGGAUUGCAAGAUUUGUUUCCAAAAGAUCUCUUUCCAAAUGCAAUUAUGCAUGACGCUGAUCACAAUUGUUUUAUUUAGGAAAUCCAAUUUCGCAAAGAGAAGGUAGAAAUUGCGAUAGGAUUAAUGCAUGCAUAUUUUAUAUUUUAACUUUACGCUUUUAUAAAAUUUUUUUAAGUAUGUAAUAAAAUGUAUCACAAUUGAA